GGGGGGGUGAAGAGUGUACCAGAAGGCGGCAGUGUUGACUGGGGAAAUGUUUUCCCAGAUGAAGCAGGCAAAGUAUAGCAUAGAGGACAUAUACGCUGAGCCAGCUUUCCUCUGGACACUCCCCAUCUCCUGAACCCAGUGCUUGGCUAGUGGUCUCGGGACACUCCCUAAGCGUCCAUAGUUCUGGAGCUUUCUACUGGGCCUGCUACCUCCACCAGACCCCUAUCUCUUUUGGGGGGGCCAGCUAUCUUUGGGCACUUCCUAAUUCUGGUCUUGAGCCCUUUCCUGGACUGGCUCUCACCAAACAUCCCCAAUCUAUUCUGGAGCUCUUCACAGGAGUGGCAGCCCCAGCAGAGCCAGGGCAAAGACCCGAGGGAGAGGUCUACAAUUUGGUAAGUGUCAUUACUUCUUCUUUGAUCCUUCAAUCUACUUUACCAAAACGAAUUAUAUUUGUCCUCAUCUUGAUAAUAAAAGGCAUAGCCUAUACUACAGUAUGUGUUCAGCACAUGUUGUGGUUUAGUGUUGUGGUUGCUGUUGCUGUUUUGAUUCUGUCUCAUAUUACAGCAUCUGGUUCUACUUUGUUGUCCUUCAGCCAGCCUCCCUCCCUGGCACAAGCAUAAUUUACAUGCGUGCUAAAAGACUGGUGGGCCUGAAUUUGUUUAUAAGAUUCGUCACACAGCUCCUCCUGAAGUGUAGCAACAGCCCUGUGAGGGUUGAGCACAGAACUUUCAUGAAAGGGGAAAUUGAACGUUCCUGUGGAUAUAUCACAGGUGUUUAUAAUAAGGGGUGCUUGUAAUUAUUAUAUGUACAGUGGAGACAUACAGUGGGGAAAAAAAGUAUUUAGUCAGCCACCAAUUGUGCAAGUUCUCCCACUUAAAUAGAUGAGAGAGGCCUGUAAUUUUCAUCAUAGGUACACGUCAACUAUGACAAACAAAAUGAGAAUUUUUUUUCCAGAAAAUCACAUUGUAGGAUUUUUUAUGAAUUUAUUGGCAAAUGAUGGUGGAAAAUAAGUAUUUGGUCAAUAACAAAAGUUUCUCAAUACUUUGUUAUAUACCCUUUGUUGGCAAUGACACAGGUCAAACGUUUUCUGUAAGUCUUCACAAGGUUUUCACACACUGUUGCUUGUAUUUUGGCCCAUUCCUCCAUGCAGAUCUCCUCUAGAGCAGUGAUGUUUUGGGGCUGUCGCUGGGCAACACAGACUUUCAACUCCCUCCAAAGAUUUUCUAUGGGGUUGAGAUCUGGAGACUGGCUAGGCCACUCCAGGACCUUGAAAUGCUUCUUACUAAGCCACUCCUUCGUUGCCCGGGCGGUGUGUUUGGGAUCAUUGUCAUGCUGAAAGACCCAGCCACGUUUCAUCUUCAAUGCCCUUGCUGAUGGAAGGAGGUUUUCACUCAAAAUCUCACGAUACAUGGCCCCAUUCAUUCUUUCCUUUACACGGAUCAGUCGUCCUGGUCCCUUUGCAGAAAAACAGCCCAAAAGCAUGAUGUUUCCACCCCCAUGCUUCACAGUAGGUGUGGUGUUCUUUGGAUGCAACUCAGCAUUCUUUGUCCUCCAAACAUGACGAGUUGAGUUUUUACCAAAAAGUUAUAUUUUGGUUUCAUCUGACCAUAUGACAUUCUCCCAAUCCUCUUCUGGAUCAUCCAAAUGCACUUCAGACGGGCCUGGACAUGUACUGGCUUAAGCAGGGGGACACGUCUCGCACUGCAGGAUUUGAGUCCCUGGCGGCGUAGUGUGUUACUGAUGGUAGGCUUUGUUACUUUGGUCCCAGCUCUCUGCAGGUCAUUCACUAGGUCCCCCCGUGUGGUUCUGGGAUUUUUGCUCACCGUUCUUGUGAUCAUUUUGACCCCACGGGGUGAGAUCUUGCGUGGAGCCCCAGAUUGAGGGAGAUUAUCAGUGGUAUUGUAUGUCUUCCAUUUCCUAAUAAUUGCUCCCACAGUUGAUUUCUUCAAACCAAGCUGCUUACCUAUUGCAGAUUCAGUCUUCCCAGCCUGGUGCAAGUCUACAAUUUUGUUUCUGGUGUCCUUUGACAGCUCUUUGGUCUUGGCCAUUGUGGAGUUUGGAGUGUGACUGUUUGAGGUUGUGGACAGGUGUCUUUUAUACUGAUAACAAGUUCAAACAGGUGCCAUUAAUACAGGUAACGAGUGGAGGACAGAGGAGCCUCUUAAAGAAGAAGUUACAGGUCUGUGAGAGCCAGAAAUCUUACUUGUUUGUAGGUGACCAAAUACUUAUUUUCCACCAUAAUUUGCAAAUAAAUUCAUAAAAAAUCCUACAAUGGGAUUUUCUGGAUUUUUUUUCCUCAAUUUGUCUGUCAUAGUUGACGUGUACCUAUGAUGAAAAUUACAGGCCUCUCUCAUCUUUUUAAGUGGGAGAACUUGCACAAUUGGUGGCUGACUAAAUACUUUUUUUCCCCACUGUAUGGGCAUAUGAUGAGGCUGCCACUUCACUUGAUAAACAGUAUUUCUGUAAUACUUUGAGUAGUUUUUAGUGUGACUAGCCCAUUUAGAGUAUGACACCAACUUGCCAGUGAGUCAGGAUUCUUUCUCUGUGUGUGUGGUCAGGUGGACACCCUCUGGCACGUGGCCGUGUAUUAGUCAUAUCCCCUGAGAGAGUUAUCUUUCCAAAACACUCGCCACGGCCCACCAAAUAACAUAACAUAGAAGUUUAUUCACUGGUUAGAACCAUAUGACUUUGUGUGUACACAUGAGCGUGUACUGUAUGUGUAGAAUAUACUGUAGUUAUAGGAGGGGUCCAGGAAAAUGAUUGCUUUGUGAGAGCUCUUCCUAUUCUUUCACAUCUUUUCACAAACAUCACACAUCAACAACAUCACUGGUGUUGUUAAAAAGUAUCAAACGGAUCGUUUCUUUGCAGUACUUCAGGGACAAUGCUUUAGUUACAGUUGUAUUGCUGAAGAAAGAGUUGAUAUUUUGCUCACAAACUAACAGCGGGGCUGGGAUAAAAAGCAUCUGUGGUAUUUUCAACUGUGGAACAACUGACCUUGCUGCAAAAAAAACUAGAAAAUAUACAAUCAAAAUUUGGUUGUAAAAUGACAAUGUGAUGAAAGGGAGACAUUCUACAGCCAAAAAAGGAAGAGUAGCCAUUUUAACUAUACAAUAAGUCCUUGUGAGUUUCCUCUCUGUGAGGAGUUGAGCACCUCUUCCCUAGGGGACUAGACAGCUGAUUGGUGCUGACUAUAUUUUCUUCCAAAGGCUAAUCCACUUGUAAUUGAUAGCAGAGCCAAAAGUAGUUGUCAUACUAACACAGGGACAUAGAGAAUAGGGUUGGAGUCAAUUCAGUUCUGGCAUAUGACUUGAGAAUUCAGCUAUGAAUUGGAGAGUAACCUGUUACUUUUGGUGAGAUUUUUUAGAUUCAUGAAUGGGAUACCUGAUUCAUUCUCUGUAUUGUCCUAGUUAAUCUGCAUUCACUCCUAUACUGCUUGAAUCCACGCAGCACACCGACUGUAAGAAAUGCCAAGUUUUGGGUUGUCAAUCUUCUACCAUUCUCCCUCUUAGCUAAUCAGUAGAUAGAAAGAGAAAGCAUAAGUCUGAUUGGAUUUCCGAGUUCUGCAUGCAACCCAGCCAAAAUGUUGAUGACACAGUUAGAUCGAUUAUUCAGCCAUGGUGGUCCACACUGACCAGGAAGUAGGGAGGGAACUAUCUUACUACCGCUAUUUUAUAACACCUAUGUACUUUUUUCACUAUCACAGCAUAAUAUGUAUCACAGCAAUUAUUUUUGUCUUAUUUUUUUGCAGGAAAUUCCCAAAGGCAUGUGUCAAGGCUAGCAAUGGAUUCUCCCCAAAGCUUGUGUAAGUUGACAUAUACUAAAAGGUUGCAUGAGGUUGCAUCAAUAAUGCAAUAAUACAAUUUAGUUUCUUCUGAUCAAAUCUCAAAAAUGAUUUUGGAAUACAGAUACUGUAUCUAUAACGACACAGGAUGAGACCCAGAUGCAGACACAGGAGGCAGAUGGUUCGAGUCUCUGAUAUGUAUUCAAAUACAAGGGGCAGGCAAGAGGCAGGUCGAGGACAGGCAGAAGUUUGUAAACCAGGUCUGAGUCCGAUAGGUACAGGGUGGCAGGCAGGCUCAAGGUCAGGGCAGACUGAAUGGUAUGGCAGGCGGGCUCAGUGUCAGGGCAGGCAGAAAAGGUUGGAACCGGGAGGACUAGAAAACAGGGACUAGGAAAAAACAGGAGUACGGAACAACACGCUGGUAGGCUUGACGAGACAAGACAAACUGGCAACAGGCAGACAGUAAACACCGGUAUAAAUGCACAGGGAAUGGGAACAAAUGGGAGACACCUGGUGGGGGGUGGAGACAAGCACAAGACAGGUGAAACAGAUCAGGGUGUGACAGUAUCAGCCUCCAUUAACCAGAAUAGAGAACCAACAUGAGGUCUAAAUUGAUUAUGACUGUAUUUGUAAGGACGGUCAAGAUUACCUUUGACCCCAGCCUUGACCCCUAACCCCUGAUCCUGCACAGUUGCCCAGGGUGACGAGGACCUCCAGGUGAUGAAGGCAGGGGCAAUGUUGAGGAAGGUCAAGUCUCGCUCUUGGAAGAAGCAGCGGCACUUCCACCUGCAGGACGAUGGCCAGACCAUCUGGUACAAGUCCAGGUGGGCAGGGACAGGCCACUCCACCUGUGAGUACUGCAAGUGUGUGGGUGUGGGUGGAGGAAGCAGGGAGGAGACAGCAUAGUAUUUCUCACUUUAGCAUGGAAAAAGCCGAAGUAUGUCUUCACAUGAUGCCUAAUGUUCCCUCUUAGUCUCUGUGGCUGAUGUGGAGGUGGUGCGCGAGGGUCACCAGUCGGAGAUCCUGCUGAGUAUCGCUGAUGAGUUCCCAGCUGACCUCUGUUUCACCCUGGUGUUCCGUGGUCGCCGCAGCAACCUGGACCUAGUGGCGGAGUCGCCGUCCGAGGCGCAGGUCUGGAUCCGGGGCAUACGCAAACUGAUCCAGAACACUGAGAGCAUGAAUGACAAGGAAAGGCUCGACCAGUAUCCUUGUUCCAUGCUCAGCAUUAAAUACAAUAUAAGGAUUGAUCAACCAUACAAACCAAUGACUGUCUAUAAUGUUGCUCCAUUCUAUAUAAUCUCUUACUAAGUGUUGCCCUUAGACAUCAUGAAAAUGAUCGGAGAGGUUGAGGGUAGAGGGGGAAAAAAAGUAUUGCCCUUAGCCAGCGUCUUCCUGUUCUCAGGUGGAUCUGGGACUGGUUUCAAAAGGCAGAUAAAAACAAGGAUGGACGGAUGAACUUCAAGGAGGUGCGCACACUGCUGAAGAUGAUGAACGUGGACAUGAACGAGGAGUACGCUCUUCGCCUUUUCACGGUGAGGUUCCCAUCAUUAUCUACUGUUCGCUUUUGAAUUGAGUCCAUCUCCCAUGCUAACUGUUGUAUAGAUACAGCUAUUUGUCUCUCAAUCACAAAUGAAUGGGAUGGUGCUUAUCUUUCCCAUUCAUUUGGUAUUUAGGCAUAUGCUCAUGUACUCGCAUGCAAAUCCAUAGAUUUUUUACAUGUAAUCAGCCUUAAAGUAUUGUGAGCAGUAGUUAAAUGUGGAUGUUGUAAGUGGUGGAAUUAACCCCAGCAUUGGUUUAUUUUCUAUGAUGUCAUCGUAAACGAGUACACUGUCAGUGGUCUACCAUCAUAAGGUGUCAUGGGAACACCACUUCUCUGAAGUAGACAAUUAUUCUGCUCUUUGCUUUUACCCCCAGAUGGCUGACAAGUCAGAGUCAGGUUAUCUGGAGAACGAGGAGUUUGUCCAGUUCUAUAAGAUGCUGACGGAGAGGGAGGACGUGUGGCGGGUGUUCCAGGACUAUUCUCGGGACGGACAGACAUUAACCCUCGCUGAGCUGGAGGACUUCCUGAAGCAGGAGCAGCAGGAGGGGGAGAGGAGUCAGGAGCACGCCCAGGAGCUGAUUGACCGCUAUGAACCCUCAGAGAAUGGUAAGGACCACUGUGCAACUGUGGUCAACCACAGUCAACUAUAUGAAUGAGAUCAUUAAUAGCCUCAUUAAGACAAUGUCAAUCAUGAUGAACGACAACCACAAUGAUCAUUACCUAGUCUACCUGAGUCAACCACAAGAGCCCACAAUGGCCGGUCAACAAGUAACCAUGAUUCAUUUAAAAUAUGUUGUAAUAUUGUAUAUAUAUAUAUAUAUAUAUAUAUAUAUAUAUAUAUAUAUUAAUUUUUUGACUUUGUUGUUUGUUGGGGGGGGGGGGUUCCAAUAAGAAAGAUAUUUGUUAUAUAUAUACAUAUAUAUUUGUACUUAUGUUAAGUAUUGUAUAUUGAAUGUCUAAUUUUUUAACAAGUAACCAUGAUUGACCACAUUUAUACUGACCAUAGUCAAUUGUAAUCAACUGCCAUUGUCAACCACAAUCAACAGAGAGAUGUAGUUACUGAGCAUUUUCUGAUUGGGUUGACUUAUAAUAAGACAGAACUUCCCAUGUCUUCUCACAGCCAAGAAACACGGGGCCAUGUCUAUAGAUGGCUUCCAAACAUACCUGGUCUCUCCGGAGGGUGCUGUCUUGGAUCCCAAGUGUCUGACCCUGCACCAGGACAUGAGCCAGCCCCUCAGCCACUACUUUAUCUGCUCCUCCCACAACACCUACCUGAUGGAGGACCAGCUCCGAGGACAGAGCAGCCAGGAGGCCUACAUCCAGUGAGGAACAAAACACUCAAAACUUACAUGGCAGUAAGGCCCUAUUCAAACAGCUUUUGAUAUACACCGCUGUCUGUGUGCUCUGUGCAGGGCUCUGAAGCGUGGCUGCCGUUGCGUCGAGGUGGACUGUUGGGAUGGGCCAAAUGGAGAGCCGGUUGUUUAUCACGGCCACACCUUCACAUCCAAGAUCCUUUUCAGAGACGUUAUCACCACACUGGGGGAGUACGCCUUCAAGGUGGGCAUUUCAAUAGCUUAAUUAACUGUAGCCAUCAUGACCACAGCAGCUCUAUCCCCAACUCUAAAUCUAAUCCAGUCUCUUACUGGUUCUGGUUAUUUGUCUUCUGUAUUGGUUUUUGCUUCAACCAAGUCCAGUUCUACAAGAUGCUGACGGAGAGGGAGAACGUGUGGCGGGUGUUCCAGGACUAUUCUCGGGAUGGACAGACAUUAACCCUUGCUGAGCUGGACGACUUCCUGAAGCAGCAGCAGCAUCAUAAAAUAUCCUGUCUUCAGCCUUACUUCACCUCUUCUCAGAAAAACGACUGUAAAAAAACGACUGUAAAAGUUCAACACAUUCCUUUAGGCAUUCCGUCUGUCCCCUCUCCCUGUGUCCCAGGUGUCUGAGUUUCCUGUCAUCCUGUCCCUGGAGAACCACUGCAGCAUGGAGCAGCAGAGGGUCGUGGCCCAGCUUCUGGACACCAUCCUGGGGGACACACUGCUCAGGGCUCCCCUCGACAGACUGGUUCCCCAAGAGCUGCCCUCUCCCCAGGUAAGACCAACGCUGGACCUUAGGGUUCCGGUUGGUAGUGCAGGGGGUCCACACUUUUUUUUGUGGGGGGAUAAUUUGUUGGGGAUUUUUGGGUGUACCAUCGUGGAUACCAUUUUUAUGUUUCUGCGUCCAGUAUAAAGGAAGUUAGAGGUACUUUCACAAGCCAAUGCUAACUAGCGAUAGCGCAAUGAGUCUACAAGAACAGUUAGCAUGCUAGCUGACACUGAAGUAGGUAAAUGGCUUCAUUGCCAAAAUCUCAAACUAUCCCUUUAAUAUGGAGGAAAUUACAAUCAUUGGUGUUAAUUACAGGUUUAUUUCUUUAUAGAAAAUUAUUAGGAAGGCCAUCUAAGUGGUAAUUUAAAACAACAAAAAACAGAUUGAAAGCAUGCAGAAAAGAUAUUGAACUAUAUAUAUUUGUGACGAGUACUGAGGAUACAAAGAGGCAGGACACAGACGCAGGAAUCAACAAUGUAGAGGUUUACUUAACACUGAGCAAGAGAACAACAACAGCGAGUACACGACAUGACACUAACAAUCACAUACAACACAACACUGAACAGUCCAGGGCUAUAUAGUGGUGGUGAUGAGAGGAUGAGGUGCAGGUGCGCUGGAGGUGAUUAGGGUGCGUUGGGUUUCCAUUCCGGUGUUGCCGAGGUGGUGCACUCAGACCGGUGGCUCAGUAGACCGGCGAAUCAGAGCGCCGGAGGGGAGCAACGGGAGGAGACGUGACAAUAUUUAAAAAAUAAUACCAUCUUUGAGCGCUAACAAUCAAAUAAAAGCUAGACAGUCAGGGAGAAGAAAAAAAAAUCCCAAAACGGGCAUUCAGGCCACAUGCCCAUUGAAAUUUGUUAUGAUGUUUGAGCAGAGGAACACAGCAUGAGCCAUGGCAAAAUGCAUAGAAUUGCAGAAAAUGAGCUUUACAACAGCAACAUUUUCUCUAUGCAGCCAAGAUACCGUUCUAGUUAAUAGAUUGUUAUAGGAAGGUCCUCUUCCAAUGAUCUGUGAGGAGGUCUAAAUAAUGAAAUUGUCUACCAAAUCUAUUCAUUUUAGAAUGUUGAUUACAUUCACCUGAUAAGAUAAGAUGUGUUUUUUUUGUUGCUAACAUACGAUGGGGUCCCUGGGUCGCCCGUUUGCCUGGGUGGGGGUCCCUGGGCAAGAAAAGUGUAUCUAUUCUGUUCUAUUCUAUUCUAUUCUAUUUAUCUACUCUACUGUAACCAUUCUUCAACAAGGCAAAUCAAUUAUUUAGCAAGGCAAGUCGAAUUGAGAAGACAUUCUCUAAGGAUUUGAUUUCCUAUCUAUGACUAUGUUCAGGUUUUUAUCCAGCAGUGAUGUUGGGAGCAGUAUAAUCAUACGUCUCCAGUGAUUUUAAUAUAUAUUUUUAAAUAAUUAGAAAUAUUCAAUGAGGUGUGUGUUUUGAGGUGUGUGUUUUUGUAUGUGUGUGUUAGACUAAAGUUAGUUAGAAAAAUGUAUUAAAGUGUCACUCCACAAUGAUACAAUAAUUGACAAUACAAAAUACAGAUAAAACAAAAACAUAUUGUGGAACACUCAAAUUGAGUUUUGAGACACUAUCAUGGUACAGUAUUUCCUUUGGCGUCAUCUAUAAUACAUUACAUCAUCUAUACAUUGGUAUCAGUUAUUAUACAUUAUGUCAUCUAUACACGUUUGUGUGUGUGUAUGUAUGUGUGCUCGUGUCCUUGGAUUCGUGCAUACUCAUAAGGAUCUGAAGGGAAAGGUCCUUCUGAAAGCGAAGAAGAUUGGCGGCCUAGAAGAGAGUGAAACGCUGACCGAUGAGGUCACUGAUGAGGUCAGUGACGAAGAUGAGACUGACCCUAAGAGCCCGUCUGCAGAAGCCCUUUGUCUCAAUGAUAAGGUAUGUGGCUGGACAGAUGUAUGUGGAAGGAUGGACGCUUGCCUUCAUCUGCACCAACUAUUACACUUAUACAUUACUACAUUAUUACUGACAAUACAGUCCGCCAUUUUGCAAAAAAGAUCACACACUAAGCAAACAAUGAACACUGUGCCUUGACCUGCCAGCUAAUCAUGAUUUGCCGUGAUUUAAUUAAUAGCCACAAAGCAGGUGAUAUUUGUUCCCUUACACGUCACACCCUGUCUCUUCAGAAAUCCAAGUUCUCCAGGGAACUCUCGGAUCUGGUGGUGUACUGCAAGAGUGUUCAUUUCCACAGCUUUGAGUACUCUCGCCUGCACUCCAAGUGCUACGAGAUGUCCUCCUUCUCUGAGUCCAAGGCCAGGAAACUUGCAAAGGACACAGGUGCGCCCUGAACAAUUUUAGCAAUACCUACAUAGCAAACAAUGUAUUGAUAUAUUGCCAAGGAUCAUUGGUUAGGAAUUCACACCCAUUCACUGUUGUAGGUCCCCUGGGUUAGGGGAUGGGAAAAAGCGUCACUGUAUGGCUAUGUCUUUCUCAGGGGCGGAGUUUGUGCGCCACAACAGCAGACAGCUGAGCAGGGUCUACCCCAGUGGCAUGAGGACCGACUCCUCCAACUACAACCCACAGGAGCUGUGGAAUGUAGGCUGUCAGAUAGGUGAGAGCCUCUUCGCUUAAACCAUUGUGUACUCAUGUCAAACUUGUACAGUAAAUCUGUUUUUAAACAAGCUAGCACUUUUGGUUUCCCAUUGGUUCUGGGAAGGAAGUCAUACGUUUACUGACCUGUAAAACGGAAUGUUUUUAAAAUGUUCUGAGAACAGAAGUAAAAAUGUUGCCCGUCCUGGGAAAGUUUAUUUUUAGGUUGCAGGGAGGUUCUGAGAACAUUUACUCUGGUUCCUUGAAUGUUUUCCUGGGAGGUUAUAUUAACGCUCCAAGAACGGGAAUUAUAGGUUAUUUGGAGCCUUCCUUAAAACUUUAAUUGAAUGUUUCAACAACAUUUGUAAUAACACUGUUAGCUUAUUCUGGGUUAACUUUUUUGAACUCCAAGCACAGAUAGGACACAUGGAAAUGCGGUAGAGCUAUAGGUUCGGGGUGUGUCAGAAAUAUUUGUUGCUAUUUUCACAACCAAGUAUGAUGGUGGUGGUGCGAAAGGGCUGGGUUUUGAUGAAUAAAUAAGUAGGUGUGUCAAGACUUGACCCCUCACUGGCCAAUCAGAACAUGCUCCAUUGUUAAAUAUGUGGUUGCUUCAAGUUGUGUAUUUAUGGUCUUUUAUGUAUUGCCUUGGAAUCAACUCCAAUUCCAAUGUUAGUCAAUUAUAGUUUGUUAAAUAGCUGACAGAAACGAAAUAACAAAAUGUAGACCUAUCCCAUCUUUGCUAAAUACGUUAACUUGAACCUGUUUGCAGUCCACUUUGUUCUAAGUAAUUGCAUAGCUUCAAUAUGGAAAUAUAUACAUAGCAUUCACACUGAUAUUGGGGUUAGGCCUACUGUAAAUUGUAUUAUGGUUGAGCAUGGAAAUGCCAAACGUUGUCAAUAAGCAAGACUAAAUUCAUUACUGAUGAGGCCUAAAAAGACAGUGAAUAAUUACUAACCCUAACCCUAACUUAUUUUAAAAAUGUCCAAUACACUUACAGGCAUCAUAAUUGCUCCCCGUGGGCAUAUCAUAUUAAAACAACACAGACUAGGGAGGGUUUUACUCACAUCAAAACUUUUCACAGUAGCUGGACAAAGAUCCAAUAUAAAGAGAAAGGGAGAAUGUCCACUCAAUGUUAUACUGCUCCCAAAUCUGUUUUAUAAACAUAUUGGAACCAUCUUACAGAUCGCAUUCACACUUCUCCAGAAGUUACAUUGCAUACGUGCCACGGAUGUUCUCACCAUAAAACCAGGACAGUGAAGGAUUCUAAUAAGUUUGGUUUAAAUCAAAUUUAACGAAAAAUAAGCAAUCCGUUUUUUGUAUUUCUUAUACAACAACAACAAUAAAUAAAUAAAGGUAAUGAUAUCAUAAAAUCGGCAGUAUAAAAAAGAUAAGACACAUUUCUGUUGAACCAGCCUUCGUUAUAGUAGGCCUAGGGUAGGAAGGGUAGCCUACAGGCUUGGGUUUUGAACAUAUGAAACGGAAAACAAGCCAUUGUUACAGGAAAAUAACUUCUAAAUACGAGCUUCCCCGGUAUUCACCGAGGUUCUCAUCUCUCAUUUCAUGAUGGGCAUGGACACGUAGCCUACAUCAUGGAGGGGGUUUUAAGCACGUACAAAACGGGACCUGCAUGGCUAAAAUAAUGUGGGCCUUCCUACAAUACAUAGAUAAAAAAGGAAUGUCAGCUCACUGUUUUGCUCUUCUCAAACUUGAUAUUUUAAUAAAGCUUUGGUAAUUAAGAUUUAUUUCCAAGCGGUCUCACCAGCCAAACCCUUUAUCGACGGUCUUGACUAUUUGGUGAUUGCAUUGGUCAACACAAAAACAAACAGCCUUCAUUGAGAGGAGGGGAGGCUAUGCUUAGGGCGGCAGGUAGCUUAGUGGAUAAGAACGUUGUGCCAGUAACUGAAAGGUCGCUGGUUCUAAUCCACGAGCCGACUAGGUGAGAAAUCUGUCUGUGCCCUUGAGCAAUGCACUUAACCCUAAUUGCUCCUGUAAGUCGCUCUGGAUAAGAGCGUCUGCUAAAAUGUAAAAUGUAUGCUUGGAUUUUUAAUAAAAUGAAAUGGGGAAAAAACUAUAGUUUUUUAUGUUUCUAAAAACUGUUGUUCCAUGCGCAUAUGGACAGUGUGAGUCACGGCUGGAUAGGCUGUGUUUCCGCAGUCAAAAUUCAUGCCAUAACCAAGCGCGUUAUCGCUAAAACCAGCUUUUGGUUGGUCUUAAAUAUCUCUACAGAUAUAGCCCCUGGUUCUCCUCAAACUUGACUGCCCUUGACCAGCACAAAAACAUCCCGCGAUAUGCAACUUUUCAGGGAAGUCAGGAACCAAUAUACACAAUCAGUUAGGAAAGCAAAGGCUAGCUUUUUCAAACAGAAAUUUGCAUCCUGUAGCAUGAACUCCAAAAAGUUUUGGGACACUGUAAAGUCCAUGGAAAAUAAGAGCACCUCCUCCCAACUGCCCACUGCACUGAGGCUAGGACACACUGUCACCACCGAUAAAUCUACAAUAAUCGAGAAUUUCAACAAGCAUUAUGCUACGGCUGGCCAUGCUUUCCACCUGGCUACCACUACCCCGGCCACCAGCUCUGCACCCUCCGCUGCAACUUGCCCAUGCCCACCCCGCUUUUCCUUCACACAAAUUCAGACAGCUGAUGUUCUGAAAGAGCUGAAAAAUCUGGACCCCUACAAAUCAGCUGGGCUAGACAAUCUGGACCCUUUCUUUCUAAAAUUAGGCGCCGAAAUUGUCGCAACCCCUAUUACUAGCCUGUUCAACCUUUCUUUCGUAACGUCUGAGAUUCCCAGAGAAUGGAAAGCUGCCGCGGUCAUCCCCCUCUUCAAAGGGGGUAACACUCUAGAUCCAAACUGUUACAGACCUAUAUCCAUCCUGCCCUGCCUUUCGAAAGUAUUUGAAAGCCAAGUUAACAAACAGAUCACCGACCAUUUCGAAUCCCACCGUACCUUCUCCGCUAUGCAAUCCGGUUUCCGAGCUGGUCAUGGGUGCACCUCAGCCACACUCAAGGUCCUAAACGAUAUUAUAACUGCGAUCCAUUAAAAAGACAGUACUGCGCAGCCGUCUUCAUCGACCUGGCCAAGGCUUUCGACUCUGUCAACCACCGCAUUCUUAUUGGCAGACUAAAUAGCCUUGGUUUCUCUAAUGACUGCCUCGCCUGGUUCACCAACUACUUCUCAGAUAGAGUUCAAUGUGUCAAAUCGGAGGGCCUGUUGUCUGGACCUCUGGCUGUCUCUAUGGGGGUGCCACAGGGUUCAAUUCUCGGGCCGACUCUAUUCUCUGUGUAUAUCAAUGAUGUCGCUCUUGCUGCUGGUGACGCUCGGAUCCACCUCUAUGCGGACGACACCAUUUUGUAUACAUCUGGCUCUUCAUUGGACACUGUGUUAACAAACCUCCAAACAAAUGAGAACUUGUUCUCAACUGGCUUACCUGGUUAAAUAAAGGUGAAAUAAAUAAAUAAAUACUAGCCCUGCCUGAAAUGAGAACUUUGUAUCACGUUCUUAAGGAAACACCUCAAAUAUUUCCACCCCUCCCAUCUGAGCGCAAGCGAGCUGAUAUCAGACAGGUAAAGCGCUGGCUACCCGGACUAUUUGCAUUGUCCCCCACCCCCUCUUUUUACGCUGCUGCUACUCUCGGUUUAUUAUCUAUGCAUGGUCACUUUACCUCUACCUACAUGUACAUAUUACCUCAACUAACCUAUGCCCCCGCACAUUGACUCUGUACCGGUACCCUCUGUAUAUAGCCUCGCUACUGUUAUUCUAUUGUUGCUCUUUAAUUAUUUGUUAUUUUUCUCUUUUUCUUAUCUUUUUUUUUUACUGACCUAUUUUUUUCCUCCGUUUAUUUUAGUAAAUACUUUCUUAACACUUAUUUUUCUUAAAACUGCAUUGUUGGUUAAGGGCUUUUAAGUAAGCAUUUCACUGUAAGGUCUACACCUGUUGAAUUCGGCGCAUGUGACAUUUUUAUGUUGAUAUAUAAAACGACACAAGAUUCAAAAAUUAUUGUUUUGGUAUUGCCCUCAGGUAGCCUGCUUCUGGUCUCAGGUUCAGGAAUGGUUGAAAAAGCAUAACAUUCAUCUAACAUUAACCUUAGAAAUAACAUUGUUGGGAGAUCUGGAGAGACCUGGUCAGUCAAUUACUAAUAUACUAAUACUCUUAGUAAAAGUAUUUAUCUUCAACUCGCAAUCUGUGGAUUCUAUUUGAUUAGAUAGAUUAAAACUGUAUGUUAAACAUCACAGCAUAGUUGAAAGAUACAGUGGGGGAAAAAAGUAUUUAGUCAGCCACCAAUUGUGCAAGUUCUCCCACUUAAAAAGAUGAGAGAGGCCUGUAAUUUUCAUCAUAGGUACACGUCUACUAUGACAGACAAAAUGAGAUUUUUUUUCUCCAGAAAAUCACAUUGUAGGAUUUUUAAUGAAUUUAUUUGCAAAUUAUGGUGGAAAAUAAGUAUUUGGUCACCUACAAACAAGCAAGAUUUCUGGCUCUCACAGACCUGUAACUUCUUCUUUAAGAGGCUCCUCUGUCCUCCACUCGUUACCUGUAUUAAUGGCACCUGUUUGAACUUGUUAUCAGUAUAAAAGACACCUGUCCACAACCUCAAACAGUCACACUCCAAACUCCACUAUGGCCAAGACCAAAGAGCUGUCAAAGGACACCAGAAACAAAAUUGUAGACCUGCACCAGGCUGGGAAGACUGAAUCUGCAAUAGGUAAGCAGCUUGGUUUGAAGAAAUCAACUGUGGGAGCAAUUAUUAGGAAAUGGAAGACAUACAAGACCACUGAUAAUCUCCCUCGAUCUGGGGCUCCACGCAAGAUCUCACUCUGUGGGGUCAAAAUGAUCACAAGAACGGUGAGCAAAAAUCCCAGAACCACACGGGGGGGGACCUAGUGAAUGACCUGCAGAGAGCUGGGACCAAAGUAACAAAGCCUACCAUCAGUAACACACUACGCCGCCAGGGACUCAAAUCCUGCAGUGCAAGACGUGUCCCCCUGCUUAAGCCAGUACAUGUGCAUUUGGAUGAUCCAGAAGAGGAUUGGGAGAAUGUCAUAUGGUCAGAUGAAACCAAAAUAUAACUUUUUGGUAAAAACUCAACUCGUCGUGUUUGGAGGACAAAGAAUGCUGAGUUGCAUCCAAAGAACGCCAUACCUACUGUGAAGCAUGGGGGUGGAAACAUCAUGCUUUGGGGCUGUUUUUCUGCAAAGGGACCAGGACGACUGAUCCGUGUAAAGGAAAGAAUGAAUGGGGCCAUGUAUCGUGAGAUUUUGAGUGAAAACCUCCUUCCAUCAGCAAGGGCAUUGAAGAUGAAACGUGGCUGGGUCUUUCAGCAUGACAAUGAUCCCAAACACACCGCCCGGGCAACGAAGGAGUGGCUUCGUAAGAAGCAUUUCAAGGUCCUAGAGUGGCCUAGCCAGUCUCCAGAUCUCAACCCCAUAGAAAAUCUUUGGGGGGAGUUGAAAGUCCUUGUUGCCCAGCGACAGCCCCAAAACAUCACUGCUCUAGAGGAGAUCUGCAUGGAGGAAUGGGCCAAAAUACCAGCAACAGUGUGUGAAAACCUUGUGAAGACUUACAGAAAACGUUUGACCUGUGUCAUUGCCAACAAAGGGUAUAUAACAAAGUAUUGAGAAACUUUUAUUAUUGACCAUAUACUUAUUUUCCACCAUAAUUUGCAGAUAAAUUCAUUAAAAAUCCUACAAUGUGAUUUUCUGGAGAAAAAAAAUCUCAUUUUGUCUGUCAUAGUUGACGUGUACCUAUGAUGAAAAUUACAGGCCUCUCUCAUCUUUUUAAGUGGGAGAACUUGCACAAUUGGUGGCUGACUAAAUACUUUUUUCCCCCACUGUAUAUGGUGCGUAGAAAUCCGAAGAGGGUGGCCAGCAGAGAGAGGUGGGAUGGGCUGAGGGAAGCUGAGGGUUGGGAUGUAGAAUUGGAGAUAAGUGGAAGGGGCAGCUCUCGGAGAACUGUGGGGGGGAUCUUGGAGGGCUGGUGGCCUGGUGGUUGGGAGCUUGGGCCGGUGGCUGAUAGGUCGCUGGUUCGGAUCCCCGUUUUUUGACCUUGUGGGAGAUCUGUCGACGUGCCCUUGAGCAGGGCUUUGAUCCUGGUUGCUGCUGUGGGUCGCUCUGGAUGGGAGUCUGUUAGAUGACUAAUGUGAUGUAGAUGUUGAGCGGCUUCACUGCAAGUAGAUUGUAUGUUUUAAAUAUUCAAUAAAAUUAAAUUUAAAAAGAUCAGGUGUGGCCAAUUAGUGGGCGAGGCCAACACACCUGAACACACUUAACAAGAUAGAGGAUAGAGAGAGUUUUAUUGAUGCUGAGACCGGAAUGUAUAUGUUUUUAAAUAACAUUCUUCGAACGUUACUAAAGUUUUCUUGUUGUUUUUAUGGAAUGUUUUCUUCACGUUCUGAGAACAGAAUGUAUGUUCUUAGAGCGUUAUGUGCUAGCUGGGCUAUGCCUGAACUAUUUGUUUUUUUAUAUACUAUCUGUCCAAGACAAUUUCCCUUAAAUGUGCUAAGAACCCGUUGUUUCAAUUAGAUGUUAAAUUAGGCCUGGUGAAACACAUUGUACACAUCCAUACAUACAUUGCUUGCUUCCUGGCUGGAAGAAAGAAAAGGUUUACUGCCAGAAAUGACAAGGUAACACAUACUAUAGAUAUGUCUGGAGAGAAACAGGGUGCAAGCCAAGGAGAGUUAGAGACUACAAACACAUUGUCUCCUCACUCUUCUUCACUUUGUGACAAAUUUGUGAAAAGGGCUAUAUAGAUUUAUUUGAUGUUCUCCUAGUGGCUCUGAACUUCCAGACGGCGGGGCUAGAGAUGGAUCUGAACGAUGGGCUCUUCAGUCAGAACGGCUGCUGUGGCUACGUCCUCAAACCUGACUUCAUGAGGAAUUAUGACUUUUUUGACCCAGAGAGACCCCAGGACCGGGAUGGUUACACAUCACUCCGCCUGUCUAUCCAGGUCCAGAAACAACUUCACUGUAUCAUACAACUAUCUGUUGUGUUAUGUAGUGUGCCUGUGCAGGAUGUGUGUUUUGGCGGUUUCGUUUGCUAUGUCUUUGAGUGUGUAUCCUUGUCCGAGUUUUGAUUUUAUGUGCGUGUGUGUGUCCAUCAGGUGAUCAGUGGGCAGCAGCUACCAAAGGUGAACCAGAAGGAGGGCUCUAUCGUUGACCCUUUGGUUAGAGUGGAGAUCUACGGAGUAUUUCAAGACCAAGCCAAGCAAGAGACUAGUUACAUUGACAACAACGGUGAGGGACCAGUUUUCAAGGACUGGCAAAACACAUUAAUUGGGGUCUUUGUACAGACCCAGCCUACUCCUGGACUAAAAUGCAUGCAUUUGUGGCCUAAGGUGGUCUAGCAGUCUAAUCCGCUUCUUCCAGUGCACAUGAACCGCUGCAGCAUGGGUUCCAAUCCGGCCCAAUGAUAUUUCAACACACUCACCUCUAUCUUUCAUCUCUCUCUAUCCAAUAAACAAAGACUUAAACAAAUAUACUUUACCAGUUAAAAGUUUGGACACACCUACUCAUUCAAGGGUUUUUCUUUAUUUUCACUAUUUUCUACCUUGUAGAAUAAUAGUGAAGACAUCAAAACUAUGAAAUAACACAUAUGGAAUCAUGUAAUAACCAACAAAAUGUUAAACAAAUAAAAAUAGAUUUUAUAUUUGAGAUUCUUCAAAUAGCCACCCUUUGCCUUGAUGACAGCUUUGCACACUCUUGGCAUUCUCUCAACCAGCUUUACCUGGAAUGCUUUUCCAACAGUCUUAAAGGAGUUCCCACAUAUGCUGAGCACUUGUUGGCUGCUUUUCCUUCACUCUGCGGUCCGACUCAUCCCAAACCAUCUCAAAUUGGUUGAGGUCGGUGGAUUGUGGAGGCCAGGUCAUCUGAUGCAGCACUCCAUCACUCUCCUUCUUGGUCAAAUAGCCCUUACACAGCCUGGAGGUGUGUUGGGUCAUUGUCCUGUUGAAAAACAAAUGAUAGUCCCACUAAGCCCAAACCAGAUGGGAUGUGUAAUGAAAACUCAGGGGGAAAAAAGGUGUAGAUUCACGUGCAGAGCGCGGCAGGUGUUUAUUUCGCCUUCGCAAAAGGCAGGAAUCGUGGUCACAGGCAGGCAAUGGUCAUACACAGGUAGGCAAACAGGCAGGAGAAUCAAAAACUAGGGCUGAAGGCUAUAACUGGUUCUCACAAACGAGCUAGGAAAAGGCUUAGUAGAGUCAAAAUGAACAAUACCUCACAAGGCACAAACAGAAUGAACUGAACUAAAUAAGGAGCUAAUGAGACCAGGUGAGUAACAAACACAGGUGAAAUCAAUGAACAAAAAUGAAAGACAGGGCUACGUUCAAGAACACAAAGAAACAGGGCUACGUUCAAGAACACAAAGUUGACUAAGAAAAUAAAUACAGAACCUUACAGGAUGGCGUAUCGCUGCAGAAUGCUGUGGUAGCCAUGCUGGUUAAGUGUGCCUUGAAUUCUAAAUAACUCACAGACAGUGUCACCAGCAAAGCACCCCCACACCAUCACACCUCCUCCUCCAUGCUUCACGGUGGGAACCACACAUGCGGAGAUCAUCCGUUCACCUACUCUGCAUCUCACAAAGACACAGCAGUUGGAACCAAAAAUAUCACAUUUGGACUCAUCAAACCAAAGGACAGAUUUCCACCGGUUUAAUGUCUAUUGCUCGUGUUUCUUGGCCCAAGCAAGUCUCUUCUUCUUACUGGUGUCCUUUAGCAGUGGUUUCUUUGCAGCAAUUUGACCAUGAAGGCCUGAUUCACAUAGUCUCCUCUGAACAGGUGAUGUUGAAAUGUGUCUGUUACGUGAACUCUGUGAAGCAUUUAUUUGGGCUGCAAUCUGAGGUGCAGGUAAUUGCCGAUUUCUGAGGCUGGUAACUCUAAUGAACUUAUCCUCUGCAGCAGAGGUAACUCUGGGUCUUCCAUUCCUGUGGCGGUCCUCAUGAGAGCCAGUUUCAUCAUAGCGCUUGAUGGUUUUUGGACUGCACUUUCAAAGUUCUUGAAAUGUUCCGGAUUGACUGACCUUCAUGUCUUAAAGUAAUGAUGGACUGUCAUUUCUCUUUGCUUAUUUGAGCUGUUCUUGCCAUAAUAUGGACUUGGUCUUUUACCAAAUAGGGCUAUCUUCUGUAUACCAACCCUACCUUGUCACUACACAACUGAUUGGCUCAAACGCAUUAAGAAGGAAAGAAAUUCCACAAAUUAACUUUUAACAAGGCACACCUGUUAAUUGAAAUGCAUUCCAGGUGGCUACCUCAUGAAGCUGGUUGAGAGAAAGCCAAGAGUGUGCAAAGCUGUCAUCAAGGCAAUGGGUGGCUACUUUGAAGAAUCUCAAAUAUAAAAUAUAUUUUGAUUUGUUUAACACUUUUUUGGUUACUAAAUGAUUCCAUAUGUGUUAUUUCAUAGUUUGAUGUCUUCACUAUUAUUCUACAAUGUAGAAAAUAGUAAAAAUAAAGAAAAACGCUUGAAUGAGUAGGUGUGUCCAAACUUUUGACUGGUACUGUCUGUAAAAAAAUAAUUAUAAAUAUACACCAUGCCAUGUUUUAGUGAAUUAGAUAGAACACGACAUAGAACCUCUGUACUUCUCUUGGCUGUCUAAAACCUGGUCUCUGCUGCCACCUGCCUACAGGUUUUAACCCACUGUGGAACGAGACCCUCAAUUUUAUCGUCCAUGUCCCUGAGUUGGCCUUGGUGCGUUUUGUGGUGGAGGACUAUGACAAGGCCUCCAGGAACGACUUCUUGGGCCAGUUCACUGUGUCCUUCACCUGUAUUCAGCCAGGUAAGAUUGACCUUUUCAUAUUACACCUGUGGUGAAGUCUGGACAACUGGGUAAAUGGCAAUUGCAGUUUUCUUCAAAUUAUUGUACAAAAAUAAUUUGAUCCUAUUGACUUACCUGGAUAAAGGUUAAAUCAAUUGAUUAAUUGUCGUGAUAUGUGUUUUGUCCUAUAUUUACAUUUUUAAUCCCAUCCCCCUAACCCGCAGGAGUCCUUUUGCCUUUUGGUAGGCCAUCAUUGUAAAUAAGAAUUUGUUUCUUAACUGACAUGCCUAGUUAAAUAAAGGUAAAAAAAUAUCACUGCGGAGUGUUUUAAUUUAAGCCUGUUAUGUACAAAUGUACAUAUUUUACUGUAUGAGUGAUGGUUUCCAAGUGGUUCUCCAUGACAACAAGCUGAAUUUCUUCUGGCUCCUCUCCCCACUCUUCACAGGAUAUCGCCAUAUCCACCUUCUUUCCAAAGAUGGGACGGUAAUCCCUCUGUUUUCUCUGUUUGUCAACAUCAAGAUCUCAGAGCUAACAACAGAAGUCUGAUGGCCCAAUGAUUGUCUGAAUAACAUGCCGCAAACACCAACCACAUGGGAGGGUAACAAUAAUACUUCAUGAUUGCUGUCACUUUCAGCGCAUCAACUGUUAUCAGUAUUGAAAGCUAAAUCUAUAUGCUGUAUGAACUGCUUUAGAUGAUUUCUGCCUAAUUAACCAUUUCUGUUCAAGCAAUCAUCAGCAGGGCCUCACACUGAUGAAAGAUUAAAAACCACUUGUCUCAUUGCCUAGACAGCCUUACCUGGGGAUUUUUAGCAUUUUAGUGAUUUUUUUGCUAUUUCCCCAAUAUUUACAGUGGCUUGCGAAAUUAUUCACCCCACUUGGCAUUUUUCCUAUUUU